AGGCUGGGGCAGCCGCGAGGGACCUGGGGGGGCGCUGGCUUUGGCCCCGCCUGGGGCAGGAUGGUGAACCUGGAGCCCAUGCACACAGAGAUCAAGAUGAGUGGGGAUGUUGCAGAUUCAACGGAUGCCCGCAGUACUUUCAGUCAGGUGGAGUCAGGAAAUGAUCGAAAUGGCUUAGAUUUCAACAGACAGAUUAAGACAGAGGAUCUGGGUGACUCUCUACAGCAGACCCUUUCCCACAGGCCAUGCCACCUGAGCCAAGGGCCUGCCAUGAUGCCUGGAAACCAAAUGUCUGGGGACAUGGCUUCUCUCCAUCCUCUCCAACAGCUUGUGCUGGUCCCUGGCCACUUACAGUCGGUAUCCCAGUUUCUGCUUUCCCAGACGCCACCUGGGCAGCAAGGUCUGCAGCCGAAUCUUCUCUCCUUUCCACAGCAACAAAGCUCUCUACUCCUCCCACAGACAGGGCCUGGCCUCGCCUCCCAGGCAGUUGGGCGCCCUGGGCUGUCCGGAUCCUCUUUAGAGCCCCAUCUGGAAGCACCUCAGCAUCUGCCAGUGGCCAAGCAUCUUCCUGGCCCAGGGGGGACUGACGAGCCCAGUGACCUGGAGGAGCUGGAGAAGUUCGCCAAGACCUUCAAGCAGAGGCGCAUUAAGCUGGGCUUCACACAGGGAGACGUCGGCUUGGCGAUGGGAAAGCUGUAUGGCAAUGACUUCAGCCAGACUACCAUCUCGAGAUUUGAGGCUCUCAACCUGAGCUUCAAGAACAUGUGUAAACUCAAGCCACUGCUAGAGAAGUGGCUGAAUGAUGCAGAAACCUCCCCAUCAGACCCUUCAGCAAACACACCCAGCUCCUACCCCACCCUCAGCGAAGUGUUUGGCAGGAAGAGGAAGAAACGGACCAGCAUCGAGACCAACAUCCGACUGACACUGGAGAAGCGAUUUCAAGAUAACCCUAAACCCAGCUCAGAAGAGAUCUCCAUGAUUGCAGAGCAGUUGUCCAUGGAGAAGGAGGUGGUAAGGGUCUGGUUCUGCAAUCGACGGCAAAAGGAGAAGCGAAUCAACUGCCCUGUGGCCACACCCAUCAAGCCACCCAUCUACAACUCCCGGCUGGUCUCUCCCUCAGGGUCUCUGGGAGCCCUCUCUGUCCCUCCUGUCCAUAGCACCAUGCCUGGAACAGUAACGUCAUCCUGUUCCCCUGGGAACAACAGCAGGCCUUCGUCUCCUGGCUCAGGACUCCAUGCCAGCAGCCCCACAGCAUCUCAAAAUAACUCCAAAGCAGCAAUGAACUCCUCCUCCAGCUUUAACUCCUCAGGACCAUGGUACCGUUGGAACCAUCCCACCUACCUCCACUGAGACCAAAAACUUCCUCCCAUUCCACCUGGCCCUUUGUUCCCACUUGGACAAAGGGGGUCAUGCCCUCCAUGAAUGGACAGACUACUUGGGGACAGGUGGGAGAACGGCCACUGCUGAAGAGCAAGCCCACAUUCUUGCCUUCCCAGGGAUCCAGAGACUCUGGAGAACCAAACUGUGACUGAAGGCCAUACUGAUGCCUUCCUGAAGGCCACAUGGAUGCCUUGGGCUCUUGAUAAUCCUGCUGGGAGUUCACCGUGCUCACCUGCCUUAUCUAUAGCCACUUCCCUGCCCUAACGUUUUCAAUGGCUUUACUGUGGCUUCAUCUCUCAGAGGAAGGGCAUCGUGCCAUUGUUAUUCCUCAGCUGGUCUGUGGGCUUCUGGGGAGAGCCAUUUGAUCAGUGUGCCAAACUGCAAGGAUGGUAGAUCAUGGUUUGGUCUCUACCCUCAGCCCAAAUUCUGAACAGAUCCCAAAUUCUGUGCAAAGACUGAAAUCUCAUGUCUCCAUCAAAGCCUUAUUCUGUUUAAUUAGCACAGUUUUCAUUUUUGCCUCAUUUUCUUUUAACCCUCCCUUCCUUUUCUAUAAUCAAACCCUUCUAUUCUGUGCCCUGCAAAGUCCCUUCCUCUCUAUAAAUGGCAGAGCUACCUUCUGGCCAUGUUUUCCCAUCUACAGGUACUCUCCCAAUGCCCACAUCUCCCUGAGUUCAAGAACACUUGCCUUUCUUUGCUCCCCAUGUUUCUCCUUGUCUUGCCCCUCUCCUUUCUCCUGACCCCAGAAAAUUGUGGAAGCAACGGGAGAGGGAGGGAGGGUGAAGGAGAGAAAGAGAGGAAGCCACACCCGAGGCACUGGCCACACUCUUGUACAUAGUCGUUUCCUGUUCUACUCUAUGACCUUUCCUCUUGAAUGUGUAAUUUUCCAGCAAAAUGUCUAACUCAGGUGUGAAUUUUGAUAAUGUCUGUGUAAUAUUUUAUCCUCUAUUAGAAAGAGGGGGACACCAAAGUGUGGAAUACUACAGAGUUCCCACAUGAGCUGGGGCUCUGCUGACUUUGAGGGGAACAUUCUAUGUGGAGUCUGCUUCUUUGGGCCUGUGUGUAAAACUGUCACAUGAAGCCAUCCCAGAAACAGUAACUUUUUUUUGUUUUGUUUUUCAAGACAGGGUUUCUCUGUGGCUUUGGAGGCUGUCCUGGAACUAGCUCUUGUAGACCAGGUUGGUCUCAAACUCACAAAGAUCCUCUUGCCUUUGUCUCCUGAGUGCUGGGAUUAAAGGCAUGAGCCUCCAACGCCCUGCCCUGUAACUUUUUUUUUCAAAGACUGAAUAUCCAGGAAACUGUUGAGACUCAAGGGAAUCUCUGUUUCUAAAUAUAUUUGUAUAGCAAUGACAUAAACUAUUCCACUGUUAAUAA